GUGCUUUUGUCGCCUGGGUCGGUGACGUUUUGGAGAAAAAAAGUCGGAAACACAUCGACGGUGCGUGAAAAAAGCGUUUUAUUUGAUGUUUUCGGCCGAAAAGUACGUGUCGCAGGCGUAAUGGAGGAAGCCAAGUUGGCCAGCUUGCUUGGCAACAUACGCAAGUCGUCCGAUAAGGGUGUAAUCUACCGCAAUUUGGUCGCAAUUCGGACGAGCUUUGUGACCAAUGAUGGUGGGAUCAGGUUGCUGGCGUCGCAGGAUGGCAUCAAAGUGUUGGUCGAUUUGCUGAGCAAACCGUACGAAAAGGUGAUCGAGGUGGUGCUGAGCAUUUUGGGAAACUGCUGCACGAAGAAGGAAUGCUGCAAGCAGGCGUUCGAAUGCGGCAUACUGAAACCGUUGAUAUCGAUUAUUUCCAACAUUCCCAAUCCAAGCAUCCAGUGCCGCGGGUGUCGGUUGUUGGGCAAUCUGGCCCAACAUGAACCGAUCAGCUAUAAAAUCGCACGGGACAAUGCGACCACCGGGUACGCGCUCAGCACCAUCCUCCACGAGUCGGACAAUACGGCCGUGUUGAUCAUGGUGAUUCGCGCCAUCCGGCAGCUGUGGCGUGAAAAACCCUUGCGCACCACACUCAUGGAGCAGAAGUGUAUUGGAAAGAUCGUGCAUCUUCUGAUACGAUCCGCUCAGGUCGAUUCGGACACUGACGCACCGCUGCAGGCCGAUCGAGCGACACCGAACGGUGGUGGAUCGCCACCUUCCGCUACCGCCAGCCACGACAGCGAGGAAAAGGUGGUGCUGAAGCACUGGCACGCCCCGGACCGGAUGGUGACGAAGGAAAAGUUUAACAACAUCGUCCGCAACAUGGAACACAGCCAGCUGUGCGAUAUCGUCGGGUACCAGGUGAUACAGAACUACCGCUGGAAAGAUCGGCCCGAUUUUCAGCUGCCCACGGCGGACGAAACGGUCAAGCUGUUCGAGAGUGUGCUCAAGUGCUUGCAGAUGAUCACGACCACGGUCGUGCAGCAGGUGAUCGAAGAGAUCUACGGUGAGGCCGGUGCCGGGCUGCACUGUCUCGUGUACCUUUGCGGCGAAAAGAGCCCGUUUCGGGCGCUCUCGCUCAAGGUGGUAUCGAAUUUGGCCGCCAAUCCGGACGCAAUCGAUCGGCUGACGGAGUGUGGCGUGAUCAAGAUGGCAGCGGAUUUGAUCAUGUACGCUGACCUGGAUGAUUCCGAGAAGCGGUACUGCAUCAAUAUGAUGUGUUUGCUGACGAAGGAGGCCUGCAACCGGGGCCACAUCCGGCGCAGCGGUGCACUACAAUCGUUCAUGAAGAUCGCCAAACAAUCGCACGAAAAGCGCGAGCAGGCGAUGAUACUGUACGCCCUGUACCAGUACCGGUUCGAUAGCUUAAGCAACGAGAUUCUGCUUAGCAACGGGCUCGUCAGCUUUCUCGUGCGCAUCCUGAACGGUAUCAUCGCGGACCGGGAGGUGGCCCACAUCCGGCACGACGAGGAAGAGCGCGAGCGUGUCACGCACACGAGCGUGUUCAGCAAGCGCCGCUCGAACUACGCCAAAGCAGGCAAAAUGCGUCGCAGUGAUCUGCUGUUCCAUUACAAAGCGGGCAAUGGGUACAGCAGCCAGCAGCAGCAUCACAAAGCUGCCAAACAGUCCAAGCUGGAUCCGUACUGUUCCGCACCGGAAUCACCGGAAAGUGGUAGCAGUGGGUAUGCGAGCACCAGCUACGGUACGGUCCGCAGCCCUUCGAUGAGCGUCGGCUCGAGCCCACCGCGCGUCCCGGAAGACGAAGCGUUCGAGGACGAUACGGAGGUGUAUUCGCCUGUGUGCAGCGAUCACGAACAGGAGGACGAAACAGCCGUGACUAAUGGGGGCGCGAGGAGUGAGAUAGCUGUUGCUGCUCCCGUUGGCCCACCGGACGAACCCGAUCGUACGGGGGAACAAGCGACCGAAGAGGAGGAAAUCGAUGGAGCGGAAGAAGAGACGAACGAUUUCGAUACGGUAGCGUCGUACCUAAUCGAGGACAACUCGAACGCCAGAUGGCUCGAUGCGGUGGAAGAGAAGGACCUGCUGCUGCUCGAGGAGGACAGCCUGGGGAAGAAACCCUCGUCCAAAGCUUCCUCAACCCACGCGGACGAUUGUAUCGAUGAGAAUGAAAUGUUCAAGAUCGAGCUCGACAUCGCCACGGCGAAAACGUUCGAAAAGUACCCGAUGCAGCCGACGCUCACGCUGCUGUGGUCCGCCUCGAAAUCCUUUCCCGCGACGGAGUUCGUGCAGGCGGACACGCUCGAAACGUUGCUGAAGAUUUGUAAGCACGCGAAGAAGCCGCGCGGCCGCGCGUUCCAAACGUUGGCCAACAUACUCAAGCACGUGAACCACUUUCUGCCACUGCUGAAGCAGGACUUUGUCUUCCGCUUGCACGAGCUGAAAAGCCCGUACCCGGCGCACGGUGCCCGGUGCUGGAGUUGCGACGAGAUGCGGUCCGCGUGUAACGAUCUGAUGGCGCUGUUCGGGUCGGUAGGUGAGACGGGGUACGGUCAGGGCGAGAUCGCACACAUACUGCGCACGGGCGAGCGGGACCUAAAGCUGCGCGUCUCGAUCAUCGUGCUGUUUGUCGUGCGGGACACACGGUUGCUGCACAAGCUGCUGUUCGACAUGAAGGUGCUCGAGAUGGUGAUGGACUUUAUACUGCUGGACGAAGGGCCGGAGCAAUCGCAGCAGCAAGCGCACCGUCUCAACGGUAUCGCUUGCUGUGCCAUUACCCGGCUCUCGCAGAAUUUGUCCAUUUACGGUGAGGAGGAAGAUACGGGCACACCGAGCGAAAAGCUCGAGGCAAAGGAGUUCGACAACACGGUCACGAUCUGCGACGAGUCGGCGCUCGGCGGAGAGGAAAAGGUAACGUUCCGGGUGCGGAGCAGCCCGACCGCACCGCAGGAAACGGUGAUCGUGAGCAAAGCAUUGCUGAUCGAAGGCAGCGAGGUGUUUCGCCGGAUGUUCGAGGGCGACCAUUUCAUCGAGUCGAAAAACAACGAGGUGCACCUGCACGAACCGAUCAGUGCGGAUGGACUGCGCUACUUUUUCUACCUCGUGCGGUUGCAAACGCUCAACAAGCUAACCGGUAUGGCACCACCGCCCAAGGUGAUUGAGGCAAGCCUGGACGCGCUUAGCCUCGCGCAGAAGUAUCUGCUGCCGACGAUCGAAAAGCCGGUGCUGAACAUAAUUAAAACGCUGCUCAACGAUGACUGUGUGCUGAACGUGUUCGAGUGGUCACUGAGGAACUACAACCAGGAGCUGCUGGUCGCGUCCACGUACUAUUUCCUCUACGCGGACAUUAGUGGUGCGGCCAAGUGGAAGCUUUACCGGGCGGCGAAUCGAUCCUGCUACCGGGACGAAUGGAGACGGCUCCUUACCGAAACGAUCCUGUACCGGGUGCAACCGAAUGCGGAGCUUUAGGCACGGGUUGCUCCCCUCUAACGUACUGUGAUCAUACGGCGUGGUGUCGAUCGUGCUUCACCAUGCGUUUAAGUUUAAGUUUGCUCACGUGGCGCACUAUUGCUGCCCCGCUUGUCGAUCCGCUUCAAAAUUAUGCUAACCCGAGGGCACACCCUGACAACAUUCCGAAUUUCGAGAUCCUACUGUUGCCGAUUUUGUUUUUAUACCUCCAGUCUGUUUUGUAAUUGAUAUUACGUAUACGUAUGUGUGUGUGUUUAUGAGUUGAAUUUAACAACACAACAAACGAACAAACAAAAUCACUGCCCAUUUUGCCUCCCUCCGUUCUUAUGAGUCUUUAAGUGUAUGUGUAAGGAACAACUAAUCUCCAGACCUAGCAGGCUGCGCUAUUUAUUGGUUAUCCUAGCAACGCGUCCCCUCGCACAUGAUCCCGUGCGAGCGUGUGUGGUGGUGUAAUAGCAAAGGCAUCAUCGUAUCAGGACGAAUACAUUUCAAUUGCACGUUUACGGCUGUGGCGGCGGUUCCAUGUA